CAAGCGCCACAGAUUAAGCUUAAACGACUGAAAAAUCAAAUAUCUGUGAUUUUCGGUAGGAUAAAUGGAAACUCGGUAGUUUUAGGGCGGUCAUCUGUGAAUCGGUAGGUAUAUAAAAAAUCGGUAGGAAUACAGAUAAAUCGGUAUUUCUGGUCACUCUGAAUCGAAGCCGCCGUGUUUGUUGCGGCAAAUGUAAAUAAAUUUCGCUCUCGUCGAAGCGUGCUCGUAAUUGCUUAAUUUUUUUAGUAUUUCAAGUCUUUUGGUUGUUGUACGAAAAGUUGUUUGAUUACAUAUAAUUUUUAGAAGCGGAAAAGCCAUACAAGCAGUACUUUCCUGUGAAAUCGAUCGCGUGAUCCACCGAACCUCAACCAAACAAAUCCAACCAUCAUGGAUGAUCAGGUCUGUCCGCGAUGCAAAACCACCAAAUACCGCAACCCGUCGCUCAAGCUGAUGGUGAACGUGUGCGGCCACACGCUGUGCGAAAGCUGCGUCGAGCUGCUGUUUCUCAAAGGGUCCGGCUCCUGUCCGGAGUGCAAUGUGGCCCUGCGCCGGAGCAACUUCCGCGUGCAGCUGUUCGAGGACUCGAACGUCGACAAGGAGGUGCAGAUACGGAAACGCAUCCUGAAGGAUUUCAACAAAAAGGAGGACGACUUCGGCUCGCUGGACGAGUACAACGACUAUCUGGAGAUGAUCGAGGAGCUGGUGUUUAAUCUGUGCAACAACAUCGACAUCAUCAACACGAACAAACGCAUUGAGCAGUACAAGCGGGACAACCGGGACGUGAUCAUGAAGAACAAGCUGAAGCUGAGCAAGGACGAGCUGGAGCUGGAGCAGAUCGUGGAGUACGAGAAGGAGCAGUUCGACCAGCGGCGGAAGGAGCUGGCGAUGAUUGAGGCGGAAAACCGGAAGCAGAAGACGAAAAACAAGGAAGAGCUGAUCGAUUCGCUGAUGGCAAGCUACGAGGAUGCGAGCGCGAUCGUGGACAAGUUCACGCAGAAGGCGGAACAGUCCCAGAUACAGCUGCCGAAACCGGUCGCACCGCCACCGGUCGCCAAGCAUACACACUUCUCGUCCGGCAUUGCGACCGGUUUCCAGGGUCAGCACGGUUUCCUGGCCGUGCCGAAGCUGGAGGAGGGCCCGCUGUACGUGUACGAACCGCAAGGCUUUGAAACGGAUGGACCGGCGCCGCCCUCGCUGGAGGAGGUGAUCAACAACGGCUACAUCAGACACAUACGAGUUGAAAAUUUGGCAGAGAAAGCGGGAGGAUUCCAAACGAACAUUUCCUGCCUGCGAGCCAUUCAGGAAGCGUUGGCCGGAUUAUAUCACGAAAUGUAAAAAGCUAUUGCCUCGAAUAGUUUGCGUUAUAAUUUAAUUUACAAACAGGAAUUAAUAAGUUAACCUCACACGUAUUCACGAACCAUCGCUUGCGAUUCUACUAUACCAACCACACCAUGUGCUCCAAUGAACUGAUUUGAACUUUGCCGGUGUAUUCUGUAAUAAAACAGUAGCAGCUGCCGGCAACCGUUGCCGAUAGCAACGAAAUAUCGAAUCCACAUAAAGGGCGCUUGCAACCUCACAGUGUGACUCAGUGCACAGUAUAGAAUUCGCGUGUGUGGUUGUAACGAUAGCGACUGUGCUAGAAACAAUAAUAAGUUCCGGAAUCGAAUAUCGGUCGUGCGGCGAGCAAAAAACGGCUCCAAACCCAGCAGCAGCAUUCAAUCGCCGCUGAGCUCAACCAAUGAGGGAGGUGCGACAGGCGAUGGCCGAACAGUCUGCCGGUAGAACUAGAACAAUCGGGCUUUAGUCGUGCAAGUGAGCUAGUGACACCUGCCUCACCAUCAUCAUCUUCAGUAGCGGCAGACGAGUCGAUUGUGAUGAUGGAACAUGGCAAACUGGUCGAAGGCAUUUGCAUCGACGAAACGGCUUUUACGCUGGACGAUAGCGGUGAAAUUCGGGAGAACGAGCUGCGGCUAACGGUGGAAGAUGAUAACGAUGUGACGAAGGAUCUCGAUUUUAGCCGUACAUCGCCAGCCCUGUUUUCGAUGACUUCACCCAAGCGUGCCCGGAUGAUGCUGGAGAUACAGCGGUCGAUCGAUCGGAAUCGAUCCGCCAUGACCGGUCCGGUUAGCAGCUCAACGCCAUUUUUUAUGCCGGCGGUGGAAGGUUCGGGAUUCGGGAGCUCGCUGAAGACGACAACGCAGUCGGAGGUUUCGCCGGCCGCUUUGCGGUGCAGUGUGGAUGAAACUCCUGUGCCACAGAAUCAACAGCAACUGUGUCAGCAGGAGGGACAGCGAACGCCGUGGAGUGGCCGCUCGGCUGGAAGCCAGUCGAAGCAGACGGGUGCUUUGAAGCGCCAAUCGAUUGCCGGUGCGAUAGACGAUCUGAACGAGAUGACGGAGGAGCUAAUCGAUUUUAUCAAGGGCUUCGAGGAGAAGUACUCCACUGCAAUCCAUUAAUGGUGUUCCUUAUGGUUCGAUAGAACUUGAAACAGAGGUUUAUAAAACAGAUGAAUAACGUUGAAACUUGAGGUGGAGCUGAAAAUGUUUCGGAUCGGAUUUUCUAAAUAAACUACACCGGUAGUUGAAGAGAUGUA